AUCACCAGACUAGCUCUGAUGUCAACUUGUCAAAUGUCAGGGGAGCGUCAGACAAAAGAGACCUCAGUUUUAAAACAGAGGUACUUUCUGAAACAUUAGAAACUAACGAGCAGUCAAUAUUGGUGCUUCCAGGAAAAAUAUCAUGUGAGAACCCUGGUGAAAUAUUCAUUUUAUUGAAAGAUGAAAUAGAUGAUGAAGCCUUAGAAAUUGAAUUCAUAUCAGAUAAUCAACGAAUUAGGACACAGCCAGCCUCUUGGAAUAAGAAGGUCAAGUACAUGAAAGCCUUGGAUUUUCCUGCUGGCCCUGUCUCUGUAAAUGUCUACUGUCGGGGAGCCAUUAAGACCACAGCACAGAUUGAGUACUAUACUGCACUAGAGGAGAUUGAGCACAUUUUUAAGAAAGUGGCUGACCCAAUAGCUUUCACUUGUCAGGUUUUUAAAUUUUCUACUGUAGAGAAACUGGACAAAGUUCUGACUUUGUUACUGAAAAGCAAAAUAUCUACUUAUGAAUUCAACUCAUUCCAGUGUGAAGAGCGCCAUCAACAAGCUAACAGCAAUUUGGAAGAAUUUCCUACUCUCCUUCACUGUGCAGCCAGAUUUGGAUUAAAGAACCUUGCAAUGUUUCUGCUCAGUUGUCCUGAAGCCACAUUGGCUUGCAAAAUAACCAACAAAUACGGAGAUGAUCCAGCAAGUGUCGCUGAGAAGCAUGGGCACAGGGAGCUGAGAAAAUUAAUCAAAGAAUUGUCAAACAAAGUUACAGAUAAUUUCACUGGUUGUGAGGAGGAAGCAGAAGACGAUGACACUUACAUGCUUAUGUUAGGCUCAGAAACUCAACCGGCCGUGACAUUAAAAACCAAGCAGAAUCCAGGAGAUCAACAUGGAAUUGGAUUAAGAUGCCAACAAGAAGCUGUGGUGGAUGAGGAGACAGAACACAAAGAUCCAGAAGAGGAAGAUUCAUACAGCUUUCGCAGCAGCCCUGACAAUCUGUACGCCAGCAUACCUGAUGAUCUCAAGGAGAACAGAGAAGACUGCUUUAUCUGUAACAGGCCUCCCCCUCCUCCCCCUCGAAAUCUGCCUGGCAUCCUAAAACAGGACAACCUGCACAAUUUAUCACAAG